AUGAACUAUCCGCGCCAAUUACCAGAGGCGGUAGAUGCGCUGAUAGGAUUUCGCGUAGAAUGUCACGACAAAAAUUGUGACUUUGCUAGCCAGCACUCAAUCAACUUCAGCAGCAUUCGACCUCGUUGUUACAUAUCUGACGACGACUUCUGGCAGGCUGCCGAGAACCAUCUAUCUUGGAAGCGUGAUAGAACACCGUUCGUCUCAUUCUUCAGAUCAUGGGAGAGGGCUUUGAACUGGAGGAAACGCCUUAUCGAGAAAAAAGGGAAGGGAAUCAUGAUUGUUGCGGUUUGGUUGAAAGACUUGUCUGGAGUCUACGAUGCAUACAAUAUCGCACAAUGCCUCAUAGACCAUGAAGGCCCGAGCUCAAGCAGUGAACUGCGACCAAAACUCGCUUACUUUCGUGGAGAACUUCUCGUUCAAGGUGGCAUCGACUACACGGAAUACAGAAUCCUGGCCUGCUUCAAGGGUGACAGCCCCCAGAUCGAAAGACGAUCUAUAUCGCCACUGCUCAAAAAUCCCGAGCGGAGCCUUGUUGUAUCAAUUCCCAGAGGAACUCUGCCGAUAUACGGCAAUUCCAAUCUGAGCACCACCCAGCAAUUGGAGUACGAAAUGUUGAGCCUCACGGGGGUUCGAAACGAUGCCAAGCUGUGUGCAUUGGUACUCGCAAUGUGCGACUGCGGAAUGGAAAUGAAGGAGGAGAACAAGAAGAUGACGAUUGAGUCUACCGAAUACUGCGGACACUACAUGUCGAAAAGUGUAUGUAGCAAAUAUAACUACAAUUUCGACGUCUAUUAUUAG